UCGCCUGCAUGCUGCUGCACCGGCCGCGUAGCGAAGCCGCCUCGAAGAAGUAGUACACGGAGUCUCCGCGAGUUGUGCGCCAUUUCGCUCUACUCCGCUAACGAGCAUCAGUACAGCAGCGGUGCGGCAGGAGUAUCUAAUAGCUCUCUCUCUCACUCCCGCGCGCGAAGUUCUGCCCCCCACCCGUGCUUCGCCGAGGCGUGUUGUUUGUUGGUUUGGGUUAUAUAGCGCUGCUCGGCCUCGCUUGGCAGACGACAGGGGCUAUCCGGCAGCCGACCAACGUCCGUGCAUUGUGUGAAAAGGCGCGUUUGUUAGUCAGUGGCAGUUACAGCAGACGCGUGUUGUAACCUCGGCACGGUCCCUUCGUUCUGCAGCCGCGUACAUCGUCUGAGUGAGAAUUAAUCACCAACAUGAGUACGGACGAGAAAUAUGGUCUGAGCGACGAGCAAAUCUCGGAGUUUAAGGAGGCGUUCACACUAUUCGACAAGGAUGGUGACGGCACGAUCACCAGCGAUGAACUGGGAAUCGUGAUGCGUUCCCUGGGACAGAGGCCAUCGGAGAGGGAACUCAGGGACAUGAUCAACGAGGUGGACGAAGACGGAAAUGGAACGAUUGAGUUCAACGAGUUUCUUAUGAUGAUGUCCAAGCGGAUGAAGGAUACGGAUCAGGAAGAGGAGUUGCGAGAAGCAUUCCGAGUGUUCGACAGAGACGGCGAUGGCUUCAUCAGCCCACCUGAGCUUCGCUACGUCAUGACGAACCUCGGAGAGAAGCUGACCGACGAGGAGGUGAACGACAUGAUCAAGGAAGCCGACCUCGACGGAGACGGACUUGUGAACUACAACGAAUUUAUCCACUUCUGCCACAAUUUGCAAUCAUUUCAGAAUUUGUUAUCAUGAUGUCAGCGAAGUAAGACGGAGGUAGAGACAGUCCGAGCGUCAUUAUGUGCGUCUCGUCAUCGUUCAAAUAGCCUUGCGUCACACCGUGACGGUCCCGAUAUGAAAAGUAUUUCCGAGGCAUUUCCGCCACAACUGGCGGCUCUACGCCAACAAAAAGGUUUUUCCCAAAACGUUGGUGCAUGCUCCUUUUUAUACAGAAGGUCUGUAUUGCGAGUAGAUUGUCUGACAAUAUAACGGGUUUGGCUUGAUGGGUUCGACCAAUUAACCGCAUGGAUUUGAGGCUCCCGAAUUUUUUGUGCCCACGUUUUAUUCCGUAUUGCAAGAAUAUUUUUCAUUUUGGGUUCACGUGUGUGGUUGGACGACGCCAUCUUUGACAUAGGUAUAAUAACGCGAAUGUAAUGUGGAACUGUUUAGAGAGUACAUCUGCCUGCUUUUUUGUACAUACGGGUGAUGCUGUUGUGUCGUUUUAUAUAUGGAGAAUUUGUAAACGUUCUCAUGCGUUUUAGAAGUAUUUAUUUCCGAUUAGUAAUCUAGCUUGUUAAGAUAUUUUUUAUUAUUACACGCGAAUUGUAAAUGUCUGUCUUCUCAGAUUAUACGUUAAGCUGGCGAAUUACGAACUUACUUCUUAUAUAUACGAACUUAUAUAUAUAUACUAACAGUUUCGGAUCGGAGAGAUCUAAAUGAGACUUUAUAACAUAGAUAUGUGGCACAAACGAUCGCGAUACGCCCUAUAUUGUGCAGAAAGUCUCGUAAGAUCUUGUCUCUACAGAGACGUGACAUUAUAUAUAUAUAUAUAUAUAUAUAUAUAUAUAUACCUUAUUUCUUCCCUUUACGCUUCUGGCGUUUGUUGCCAUACUGCGCUACAUUCUUGUUAGACAUCUUCGUUAAUUUUCUCUUGGGAAGUGUAUCCGAUUGUGGUGCAUAAUAUAUGAUUGUGAAAUAUUGUUUUGACGUUCUCUUUUAUGGUACGUUUUAAUGCCGUUGUAGAGUUCGCACGGACAGUUUCGUAAGAACAAAUGCUGUAUUUUUUAUCGUGCGCGAGGUUCAAUACAUAUAACAUAUAACAUAUAUAACAAUAGUUUCACUUGGGAAAAUUAAUAGAUACUAAGCAAAACAACUAGCCGCAAAAUGGACGUCUUCAACUGCGUGCGUUAUGUACAUCAGACAGGUCAAUAUAGUUCCCGGAAUAGCGGCACAUAUUCAGUAGAACUGACGAGCAGGAAUAUAAACCGUCUGCAUGGCAAAAAGUAUUUUGCUUUCAGCAGGAUAGCAUCCUGUUGUUUGAUAUGUGCUGGCCGGUAGAAAUUCCGGGCGUUUAUUUGGCGUGUGGAGUUUGUAAGUGAGUCAGUGGCAGUAAUGCUUAUAAUCGUGGAGUUAUCUUUGAGGUUUACGGCAUUUUGUGGUGUGAUUUCAAUGUGUGUCGGACCGCAUGUGCAUGGUUUGGGAUUUUGAAAUGGCUUACCGCUCUUGGUAAAUAGGUAAUGCAAUAGUUACUAGCGCGAAUAAAUCGGUGUUGUGCGUA